CGCUGUUCAUGUCUUGGAUGGUGCUGGUGUCCUUGUUCCGGGUCUAUAUGCGGGUUGCCAUGAACGGACCGGCUGGAUGGGAUGAUGUCGUAGUCUGGAUCGGUGGAGUAAGUAACCCUGAGCUCAUUGCCGCUCGGAAUGCCUGAAUUGAUCGAUCUUAAUGAGACAGGCGAUAGGAAUUGGGAAUGUGGGCGCCAUUAUGAAGGGUGUAUCGCAGGGUCUGGGUCGAAUCAAUCCGACCGACGAAGAGGGUGCCAUGAAGGCUUUGUAUACAGCCAAUCUCCUGUUCCUCGCUAGCCAUGGCGCCUCCAAAGUAUCUGUCUGCCUCCUUCUUCGGCGCCUGGGCCGAGAAGGCGCCUAUAUACGACUUUGCACUGUGGGCCUCGCGGUACUCGUCCUUUGGUUCCUCGCUUCCCUUCUUGCAGUGGGACUUCAAUGUGAACCUUCUCAGCCAUGGAAUCUCACGCAAUGUCACUCUUUCAUGACGGGAUGGCGUGCCAUGACAGCGUUCGAUAUCAUCACAGAGGCCCUUCUGGUGGGCCUGAGUAUUCGAUUGGUGUGGGGAGUGCAGAUGCGUCGCACUCAAAAGGCCGGGGUGAUAGGUGCCUUUGGCACUCGAAUCGUGAUUGUCGCCCUUACCAUUGUGCGCCAAUGUUACCUCAACCGGGUCGGGUUAAACAAUAUUCUGCUGGACAUGUCGAAUGUGGUGGUGGCCACCGAAGUGCUCCUGCACAGCAGUCUCAUGGCGGCGACGGUGCCCUGCCUCAAGCCGUUUGUGAUAGCCUUCAACACGGGCUGGGGUCAGGGUGGCCAGAAAGAUGGCUCUUAUUUGCGGUCGGAAACCAGUGAGGGCCCUCCAUCCAAGGCCCGAUCGCGUCCAUAUCCGGCAGACGAUGAGAUUACCAUGAUCCCGACCGGGGGAGCGAGGGAGUGCGAGGGGUAUCUGGAGGAGGCAAGCGGGGGGUUGGUGAUCCACCAGACGCGCGAGUGGAGUCUACGAACCGAGUAUAUUGAGAUGCAGCCGCUCAGGGGGCCCGAACCAUUGUAAGAGAGCGAUGGUGGUAAUAGAAAUGCUCGGAUUAGCUAGAUACAUGAAGAAUCCCAGACUUUGCUAGCUACUACGCGGCAUCACCACCAACGGGAUCCCGCAGCAUGGACAUGGCGCCGGUCGGAGUCACCCCCAACACACUGACAUCGCGAAACCCAAA